CCUCAAGGACCUCAAAGAAGACGCUCCUCCAUGAGAAGGAUUUUCUAAUGAAUCCGCUGAUCAUACACACAGCUGGGAGAAUAAGAACAUUUCUCAACUGAUAAAACCAUUUUUUUUAUUAUUAAUUUUUAUAAAGGAUCAAAUUCAUUCCUUCUGAUGAUGCUCGACUCUCCCUCCCGCUAGAAGCUGUGAGCCGUGUGAGCUUUUCCCCCCUCCCCACCUCAUUCAAAGACUCCAAAACUUCUUCUUCUUCUUCUUCUUUUUUUUCUUUCCUCCCCCUAAUUUGAUCGCAGACGGUUUACCACCAUAGGGGCCUGCGUCUCAGUGUUGGGGAGGAUGGCUGGGUGUUGUGUGUCGGCGGAGGACCGGGAGACCAAGAGGAUCAACGACGCGAUAGAGGAGCAGCUGCGGAGGGACAAGAAGGAUUCCCGCAGGGAGCUGAAGCUGCUGCUGUUAGGCACGGGUGAGAGUGGAAAGAGCACCUUCAUCAAACAGAUGAGGAUCAUCCAUGGAGGGGGGUACACAGACGAGGACAAGAGGAGUUACGCCAAGCUGGUCUUCCAGAACAUCUACACAUCAAUGCAGACCAUGAUCCGAGCCAUGGGGCCGCUCGGCAUAUCCUUUUCUGAUCCGCAGAACCAGAACAAUGCAAACUCAGUCCUGGAGGUAGAAGUGGACAAGGUGGAGGAGUUGGAUCAGAACCUUGUUGUUGCUAUCAGGAACCUGUGGAAAGACGCUGGAAUCCAGGACUGCUACGACCGGCGCAGGGAGUACCAGCUGUCCGACUCCACCAAAUACUAUCUCACCGACUUGGAUCGGAUUUCCCAGCCUUCCUACCUGCCAGACCUCCAGGACAUCCUCAGAGUCCGAGUGCCAACAACAGGAAUAAUUGAGUAUCCCUUUGACAUGGAGAACGUCAUUUUUAGGAUGGUGGAUGUUGGAGGUCAGAGGUCGGAGAGGAGAAAGUGGAUUCACUGCUUUGAGAACGUCACCUCCAUCAUUUUCCUGGUGGCGCUUAGUGAGUACGACCAGGUCUUGGCAGAGUGCGACAACGAGAACCGCAUGGAGGAGAGCAAAGCCCUGUUCAAAACCAUCAUCACCUACCCCUGGUUCGAGAAGUCUUCUGUCAUUCUUUUCCUCAACAAGACCGACAUCCUCAAGGAGAAGAUCAUAUACUCUCACUUAGUCACCUACUUCCCUGAAUUCACAGGGCCUCAGCAGGAUCCAGCAGCAGCUCAAGAAUUCAUCCUCAAGAUGUACCAAGAACAAAAUCCCAACAAAGACAAGAAGCUGUACUCCCACUUCACCUGCGCCACCGACACCGAAAACAUCCGCUUUGUCUUUGUGGCCGUGAAAGACACCAUCCUCACAGCCAAUCUGAAGGACUUCAACCUGGUGUAGCUACCACUAAAGGAAAUGCCAUGCAACCGUUUACCCAUAUCUCACGUAAAAGAUUUUCUGGAUCAAAUAUUAUCCCAAAAGCACAAGAUCCAAUUUAGCUGAACAGCUGGAACCCACGAGGCAUAAACAAUGAUUUGUGUAGGAUAUUCUGCCUAAACCGUAACUUUGUAUAGAUGAUGCUUAUCGUUUCUUUUCGGGUCUGCUGUAAAGGCUACUUUAAAGCUGUAGUAAGAAUAUGAAUGCUAGAAGUAGCUCACCGACUUACCUGAUGUGUGAAUAAUAUUCUUUAAAAAUAUAAAUCAAAAUGAUAUAAGAGGCCUUAACUAAUAUAUCUCAAUUUAGAGCUUCUUUAGGCACAGAUUUUGCUGCAAGAGGCUAACGUACUCAGAACGUUUAUCUUUUUUAGGUGUACAUAGUCUGAGAUGUACUUAUAGACGCUGACCCUGUUUAUUUAAGUAGCAAUGGAAAUAUUAUUUGUUGAUGCUGUUGUAAAAACUGAGAAGCAGAAACAUGUUCUUGGUACUAUAGAUUAAUAAA